AUGGACAGCACCACACCACUUGUCAAUUUGCCUCGUCAAGGGCGUACCGAGAUGCAGUCGAGCGUCUUCGCCCUCGAGUUCGUUGGCAGACCCAACACCAAGCACCGCGCGCGCAAGGAGCGCAGACGCAUAGCAAGACUGCGAUCUGUCCUGAGAUGGCGACGCGCGGAGCGAGAUCUGCUGAGGAAGUUGUCGCUACAACAGAAGCGCCUUCGCCUCCAUGUCGACUCUCGUCAGUGUCGACCUCUCCCUGCCACGCGUGACACCAACCUCCACGUCCAGCAACAGCUCGAGCCAAGUCCCGACGUGACGGCGUUCGAGCCCACUGAGCCUCGCAACGACCUGCUGCACUUCUUCUCUGGAGGCGGCUGGCUCAUGGUCUACAUGAACGGCGUGUGCAAGGCGCUGCGCGAGCUCAAGGUGGACGAGCGCGCCAAGUUCAUCGGCACGUCCGCCGGCUGCCUGGCCAUCGUGUCGCUCGUCCUCAAGUCGGACUUCGACGAGAUCUUCGACUCGGUCGUCGACGACUACGUGCCGGCCGCCCACGCGAGCUGGAGGGGCCCGUUCCGGAUGCGCGACUACCUCAUCGACGCCGUCACGCGCCACGGCAACGCCAACAACAUCCAUGAGCUGCAGGGCAAGGUCACAAUCGUGUACACGUCGCUGUCGGCUUGGGUCGCGCGCCGCGUCUCGCGCUUCAAGAACCCGCUGCACCUGCUGCAGACGAUGGUGGCCUCGUGCUGCGCCACGCCGCUGCCGCUGUUCGAACACGGCGUCCGCACGAUCACCGUCACGCCCAACGUCUUCGUGCCGCCGUGGUGGUCCAUGUACCCUCCAUCGCAGCGAGAGAUGCGGUGGCUGUACGACCUGGGCUACGAGGACGGGCUGUCGUGGUGUGUGCGCCAGGGGCUUCCAGGGUCGGAGAGCAUUGAGUUGCCGACCAAGGCUGCGACGUACAGGGGCGAGUGGAAGACGGUCGUUGGGCAAGUGGUGGGCUACCGGUCGGUGGAAGAUGCGGUGCUGGCUAUGGCGGGACUGCUGCUGCUGUCGGAGGAGACGGUCACGAGCACUGUGAUCCGACUGGAGAUCUUGCUGUGGAGGCUGGUGGCGGUUGUCGCCGCUCUGUUGGAGUGGAGCACGGUGCUCUGGACGGUCUUGGCUGGAGCAACGCUGAUGGGGCUGGCGAUGCUGGAUCAGCACUGCACGCUGAAGUUCGUGGUCGUGCUGGGGGCGCACUUGAUCGUGGCAGUGUUGAAGCUGAAGGAGGCUUGCUGGCAGGUCCACUCGUCGCCUCACUGGCAAGAACUGCGAGACUCGCUCGGUGCGAUGGAGAAGCAAACGACAACGAGCAAGGUCGGACCCACUCCCCAGCAGGAGGCAAUGCUGGCGAAGUGGUCGUAUGUGUACCGAUUCAUCGUGGCCCUGCUUGCUGUUGCAGCUCUCGGUGCCAAUGGCGUGCACGUCGGCGACAACCCCAUCUCGAACCGCGCACACGAAACCAACCACUUGGUCACUGCGGACCCCGUCGUGGAUGAAAGGACCUGGGUCCCAUUCCGCGCCCUGCGGUCGAUGGACUCGCCCAAGCAGGGACCCCACGACGACGGCAAGCACCUGUCCCAUGACCCCAUGAAGGGCUCGAAACACAACUCUCCCCACCGAGCUCUGGGCCCGGCUCACGUGACACCAGCACCAACCACGACAACCACCAAGGCCACGCCUGCCCCGACCAAGAUGACCAAGCCCGAGGCCACUCCAGCGGCGACGACGACGACGACGAAGGAAACGCCUUGCCACACACCUACCAGUAGCACCCACAAGGUGGCUUUACCUCCCGCCAACAAGAAGCCUACUGCUCCUGCUACGAAGCACGGGAAGUCUGGUACAAGCACGACCUCCAACGCCGUUCAGCGGGAGACUCGCAAUUUGGGCGGGGGCGAGGCCAAGCAGCAGCUUCCUCCCAACGACCACCACAGUGGUGCCAAGCAGGGGGCGAAGAAUGGAGUGAAGCACCAGUAA